AUGAAUCCUGACAAUGAAAAUUCUAAUUUUGAUAUGAUUGAAAAUGUUGGACCCGAUUCACCACCAAUUCUUCAGCAAUUAUUUAGCAAUUCUGAAUCUCUUGAAGAAAUUGACUUCCCUACAAACGAUUUAAAAAUAUUGUCAAAAUGUGUGAAAGCUAUUUCUUGGACUGUUCCAGUCGAACCGAAUCGUUCCUUGGAAAAGGUUUUGUUGGCUUGCAAUGCGCUUGCUGAAAAUGGAGAGUACAAUAAUUGUCCUUAUUUCAAGCAGUUUUUCGAAGAUAUUGCUGUUAGUGUAUUUGAAAAGUUACUGUGUGACAAAGCUGGUCAACUUUGGGAUGAUUUGACAAAUCAUUAUAUUUUUGGACAUUGCCUUCUUACUGUUCGGAUAUUUGCACUAUUAGCGGGUUGUGAUAAUGUCGAUAUCUUUCGCCUUAUGGAACUGAUGUUUAAUCCUGAAUCAAACUUUCAUUUGCGUUGUAAUAUGGAUGCACACGGUAAUAACCAUAUCAGAUUCGGGAACGAUUUCAGUUAUAUUGCAAAAUUCGACUUUAUUGCAUCAAAACUUCCGGAAUUAGAUUCUUCUACAGAGCACGCGAAUCUUAUGGUAGUUUGUUUUCAUUUUCCUUUGAAUGACCAUCAUUUAGUUAUAUUGCGACUCAAAUGCGGUGGUUUUGAUAAUCUUCUAAGUCGUUUUCAGUGCAUUCAAGGAAAACCGAUGCCCGUACCUUUGAUAUACACCUACCUCAAGCCUUUUCGACUUUGCUCAAAUCUUUUGACAAACGAUGUUAGGAAGCAUUAUAUUGCACCAAUCAUCGACAUCGUGUUGAAUGUGAUAAAGUGCCUCAGCGAAGGUGACGUUGGGCAGUUACUUCGAGAUAAUCAAAGGGGUUCUUUUCUAGGCGAUUUCAGCAUAAUCCGUAAUUUGCAUUUGUGCAGUAUUGGAAGCUCGACCUUUGCUCAAGACGCUGUCGAUAAUAUUCAUCUUGAUUUGAUCUUGAAAGUCAUGAAGAUAGACCUCUUUGGGGCUAAAAUGAGCGCUCUAACUGAAAUCAAUAACAAUAUUGAGGCAUCAAACCGAUUGUCCGUUAAUUCCUACAUCUCAAAGGAAAAGCUUCUUAAUUGUCUCAAAGCAAAUAAGAUUUUAUCAAAUCUGUUGCGAGAGAAUUUACAUCAACCGCAAUAUGUAAAGAAAUUGGCACGAAUAGUGAGGUUCCUGCUCGAAAAUGAUGCUUUGAGCUUUGAAGAAUUGGAUGAAAUCUGGCGCACUCAGACUGGGAGACAUGAUGUCAUUGCUCAGAACGUCGAGUUACUUAUUAUUCAAUCGGUUAAGUAUUUUUCUGCUGGUCAUCUUGAUCAACUUUUUGACUCUUUCAAGGCGACGCUGCUCGGUUCACCUAAACAACAGCAGGAACGUGUUAUUCGAUUAAUUCCUCGCCUUGUUGCAGAAGAUCCAACUGGGAUGGCUCAAAAUGCUGCUGCGUUUCUUUGGGAGUUGAGCAUCCGACCGCUCCUCUUGCCAGAGAUCAAUUUAACAGCUUUAGAGACUCAUUACGAAGUUCUUGCCAUCACCAUUCGAACUGGACUUGGUUUUGUGGAGCGUUGGCUCGGGGAUUUUGCUGAAAUCAUAAAAAACAACACUAACGACUUUGCUACAGAUUGUGCUGCUCGACAAAUGGUUAAAGUGUUUCCCUUGCUGAACUAUGUAAAUAAGAAAGAGAUGUUAACUAGGAUAUUAUCAAAUGGACUUAUUGAUGAUUGUAUUAAGGGUCUUAAAAAGUUUGUGGACAAGCACAUUAAAAUUUCGAGAGCGAAUGGAUUGGAAUCAAUUUCAUCACCGGCUCCAUCGACAAGCUCAACGCUAAGUCGAGGAGAGUUAACUGCAAAUAUGUUUGAAUCGAUUUCAGCUUUGAAGUCCACUUCUUCCGAAGCCUUUCACCACGCCGCAUCCUAUUGUUGUCAGAUUCGUGAUCGGCUUGGUUUGAUAUAUUUUCUCGGGACAGAGUCGGAUGAGUACUUGACGAUCGCGCAAUUAAAUCAAUUGUGGAAUUGUCUCGUUGGUGAUGUGAUGACAGAGGCGGCGGAUCAUGAAACCUCCUCCAAUGACACGGACUCACUUGUUGGAGGGAUUUCUUCUUCUUUUUCAGAUACCAUCGAGGGUCGCAAUAUAAGUUUCAGGUGGUUCAGUCCCGCUACCAAUAGUCUCGUGCGCCCCUUUGCUUCUCACUUUUUCAAAAAGAACAUAAUGAAAAUCAAACCAGAGCUCUUUACUCCCGCUGCCAUAGAGCUUUUCAAGGAUUUCUUUGUAUUCGUUAAUUUUGAGAGCGGAGAAGGCGAUAUUGAUCCAGAUAAUCCUAUGGGAAUCGACUUUCUUUGGAAUAUUGUUCUGACUGCUAAUGAUAAGGUGGCUCAAAUCGGCAUUGAAAUGCUCUUGGAUAUAUUAAUUAAAACACGCAUGGGUGGCACAUUGGGUUCCAAUUUCACCAGCAAAUGUCGUGACUGUCUCAAAAUUAGUUUCGACAAGAUUCUUGAAAAUCUACGAAUCUACGGUAUCUCCUCUGCAGAUGGCAGCUUGAGCAGAAUCUACGGCUCAGCUUUUCAAAAACAAAACGCUUUAGCCAUAUUUGUGCGCGAUGUUGAACAGGACUUGGUGGUUAUUGAUAGGGUAAUUCGCGUUCUUCGCUGUUUCCUCAUUGAGAGUGGGCGUAAUUUUGUGAUUCUUCGCUCGAGACUGCCUCUUUUCCAGUCAUGGUGCGGAUCCACGUUACUUGUCACGGUCAAAUUUGAAGCGAUCGUGGAAGACACAGAUGUCGAUAGAGAGUUGAAUAAAAUCGGAGCAAAUGGUGGAUUUAAGUAUUCCUCCCUAGUUCGAUACAUUGAGUCUCAUGCUAACGAGACACUUUACAAUUUACGACGGCGUAUACUCAUCUUGCGUUUGAUGGAUGUUCUUUCGUCUUCAAAUUUUUUCUCUGAAAGUGAUGAUGAAGCUAGUAAAAACGCUAAGAUAGCUAGCCUUGUGGACAGGUUUUCCGUUAAGCUAGAUAUUCCAGCAACUACACCUCUCAAUAUCAGUCUUUCAACCUAUCUACUAAUUAAUCCGUGCGAAUUUUUUUUCAACGAGGAAGACGCUACCAAUGUGGUCAGCUUCGAUGCUAUGCUUGUAUUGAUUUCAAAACGCGGAUUUCAACAUGACUCGGAGGACCCCGUUGAGGAAGAAAUUCCACAAAGGAACAUAAGUGAGUUCUCUUCUUCCUCUUCACCAGGUAACUGCUCUUCCCCAAUAUAUGAGAGAGAGGAAGAGGUUGAUUGCGCUUCUCCUCCACUUGCUCUUGAGGGAAAUGAAAAUAGUUUAUCCCGAUCAUCUCUGCUAGGCUCCUCGUCACAUCUUCAAAACUCCCUAAAGUCCGACCUUGAGCCGUUCGAUCAAUCAGAUGGAGAUAUGCCUAACAUAUUUACGGAGGCCAAUUUACCAGAUUAUAUUAUAUCGGAAGAUGCGAACUUUGUUCGACUUCUUUUCGAUAUUGGAAACAUGACUUUUUUCUUGGACAUGGACGAACUUCGAGAUAGGAUUUUUGACGUUCUUUUCUCUAUUCCUAUCAACGUGACCUACCAGAAGGCUCUCCAAACAUGUUUUUUCUCGCCUACUGAGUUGAACAGACUCAAGGAUCUCUUGAACACCUCGUUCUGUGUCCUAAAUAUCCCCGGUUCUUCUCGGCAGAAUUGUGAUGAUUUCGAACACGGUGGUAUUACUCAGCAAUUGUACUUCCUUCAGAUUAUUUACGCCAAUUUAUAUCCCUCUACAUCGGCCAAAACUAGUGAUCCAGUGCACAUCGUCUUUUCGGAAGAAACUUUCUCUUACAUGCAUUCAUUUCUACGAAAUGGUGGCUUAUCGACCCUCCUUUCAUCUUCAAUACUACAAAACAGCAAAGCUUUACCUACAAGGCCGCUAUCCAGACUAGUUUUUCUGUGGAUAUGUCGACUGGUUAAUCUUUGUCUUUAUUGUUGUAUACUCACUCUAAACGAGGUAAUGACCGUUGAAGAUCCUCACCACCGCGGUUUGUUCACUCUUUGUCAAAUGGUGACACAGUUGGAAAUGCCUUUUUGCGAUUCCAUCAUGGCCAAGUAUGCCCAGGCUUAUGCCAUCUAUGCUCGAUUACAGGGGGUGAAUUGUAAUGAAAUUCGUGCGAAUUGGCUGGCAGUGCCUCCACAGUCAUGUAGAAGACUGCGAGAUUUCAUUUGGAUGAUCAGUUCUGUUCAUUCGGCCUCCCGCAUUGGUUCCCCUGUCCUUUCUGAAUCCGACAUUUCUGCAUCAUUGAAAGCUAAUCUCACUCCUUCACAGGAUAGUGGAUGCAUCUCCCCAAGGGUCACCGCCUUCUCAAGCCAACCUGCAGAUGUGUCUACUGCUACAUGCACCUUUUCAACAACAUGUGGUCUCAAACCCGCCGCUCUCCAGACCUUCUUUUAUGUUGGCCAAUGGGACACGAAUCUCUUCUCUGCUGACUGUCUUCGUAUGCUCACACCGAUUAAAGGCAAGAUUGAACCGAAUAAUGCCCUGAUCCCUCAUCUUCUUAAUCUUCAAUCUGGUCGAACCCCCGGAUGUCUUUCCACCUCCGCAAUAUCGUCACUUACCUACUUACUCUCUCUAUCCCCCGACACUGACUUGAUUGCUUGUCACAGUGACGAUGAAGUCCUCAAAAGCUGGCUCGAUUUCUUUCGAUCUGUCCUUUUCCAAUCUUCUUCUACUAAUAUUCGAUGCCUAUCAGCUAUCUCUGCGCAUGCUGUGAUAUCCUGCGGUCAGAUGUCAUUCACUUCCCAUACUUCCGUGCUGGAAAUAUGCGAAUUCAUGCUUAAGUAUCUUAUCCAAAUUAUAAAGGAGGCUGAUUAUGACAAUACGCUUCAUUGUUCAGAAGGCGUCAAGUUAUUCCUGUGGAUAAUUGGACAUUUGGUCGCGUUUAACCACAUUCCAUCAUUCAUUCCCCAGAUAUUUGUUGAUGAGUGGAAUUGGCUACUUAAUUCGAUCAAAACAAAUUCAGUUGCCGAAGACGAAAAUUUCCCUACGCCAGUUCACUUUACGAUCCCCGACUUGGUUACCUCACACCUCCGUCUGUGCACUUGCCUGAUUAAGUUCCAGGAUGAUAAUAUCUUCAACCAAAGCGUCGCGGGUCACAUUGACCUAAAUCUAUUAGAUGUAAUAUUAAAGUUAAUACUCUUUCCAGCAUCAGUGCGUCGAAAUGAAUUACUGCAAUGUAAAUCGGAACCUUCAGCAACAUCUGAAACUCUAACAUCAGGUAACACUCUAGUUUCAAUUUGCAAGGCCUUGGCCCCACCACCUCCGUCUGUGGCUAGCUGUGCUUUCAGUCUGUUGGGCCACCUGAUGCUUCACUCGCCUGCUUUAUUUGUGCCUCUCAUUGCCGAUCGGUUGACCAACCUCCUCUUCAAGCCAACACCGAUGUGGCUUUCGUGGGAGACCAUAGAAGAGAAGAACUCUAAUGAUAAUUGCGAAUCUGAAUCAACAUUAGAAUGCUUUGAUGUUGGGCCAUCUUAUGUUGGUCUUAGGAAUCCUGGUUCCCUGUGCUAUAUGAACGCUGUCCUCCAGCAGGUGUUUGCCAUCCUUCCAAUUCGCAACGCUAUCCUCUCUGCCCCUGUCCUGCAGAUUCUCGAAGAAAGUGGCGUUAACACUUCCGAUCUUUACUCGGGUUAUGGUUCUAUUCGAACUGCAAUGAAUGAGACUAGGCUAACACAGCUAUGCUCGCUUUUCGGAUUGCAGGAUAUGUUUGCCUUUCUUGCCUACACUCGGCAAGCUUUUUACGAACCUGUUCAUUUCUGGAAACAUUUCAAACUUUGGGGAGCCCCAACAACCUAUAACGAGCAACACGACGCACAGGAGUUUUUUAGCUGUUUCGUUGACACGAUUGAUGAAGCAUUGAAGCUCUGUGGCAAACCUAAAAUCAUUGAGCAUUACCUGGGAGGGAUAUUUGCGGACCAGAAGGAAUGCUUCCGCUGCCACCAAGUCUAUUCCCGCGAAGAAUCGUUCCUAGCAAUCAGCGUGGAUGUUCAAAAUAGAAUCACCUUAUCGGAAUCUUUGGAAGACUACGUAAAGAGCGACUUGCUUGAGGGAAAUAAUGCCUAUUUCUGUGAGAAGUGUAACAUGAAGGGGGCUGCUCGCAAGCGCACAUGCAUCAAAAGCCUGCCUCAAAUUCUAACUAUUCACCUGAAGCGCUUCAUCUAUGAUUACGAACAAGAUGUCUCUCAGAAAUCGGAUGAUUUCUUUUCCUUCCCAAUGAGUUUGGAUAUGUCACCAUACACAGUGGAAGGUUUGGCAUCUCGUGAUGAACCUUCAGAGGGAAAUACAAACGCUUCCGACAGUCGACCGAUUUCCCCAGCUCCUGAAUCGAACUCAGUCCGACAAGUUACCCGAUACGUACUUCGUGGAGUCGUUGUUCACUCGGGCAAGGCCACUGGUGGUCAUUACUUCUCUUAUAUUCGAAGUCGGGAUCAGAAAACAGGCAAAUACCUUUGGCAUCUGUUUAACGAUUCAAAGGUUUCAGAAGUGGAUUUAAGUUCUGCUGAAAUAAUACACGAUAAAUGGUUCGGUGGUGUUAAUCCGUCUGCUCGUUCCUUUAUCCUUGGGCCCCAUAAGCGCUAUUGGAGUGCAUAUAUGCUCUUUUAUGAGCGAGAGGACUUUAAAGACACAUUUGACUUGCCACAAAUUUCACACUCUUUCCAAUCUCUUUCCAUCUUGGAGAGCAACCAGACUGUUUGGCCUUGUCCGGCGCAUAUUGCAAGAAAAAUUUACGCGCAAGAUGUCGAGUAUUUCAAUAAGAAAGCUCUUACCAGUCACUCCUUCAAAACCUUUAUGUACGGAGUUGUUGAUAGGUUUCAACUUUGUGCUGAAUCGCCAGAGGUAUUAUAUUCUCUAGCCAAUCUCGUCUUUCACUACUGCUUUGAACUACACUUCAAAGAGCCCGGCUUUGAACCCUUUAAAUGGAUCAACCUCCUCUUGAAUUUACUUGAAAAGGACUUUGCCAUUCAAAAGCUUUUUACAGAUAUCGCUGUAUUUUCACCUUUCACCAGUCCUCAUGAUAUUUUUUUCAAGUGUUCUUUUCCGCAGCUUCGCUUCUUAUACACUACUCUCCUCUUUCAAUUGAUGUGUCCAAACAAAGAUGACGAAGGCGCCAAUGAGUUGGCCGAGAGGAUUUUGAAGAAGAUUCUGGAUGAACUGCCGAAUUGCUUUAAAAGUCGGAGUGAUGGACUAGAAGAUUCUUUUAUCGGUCCUUUUACCUUCUGCGAUUCCUAUGGCUUUACUCUUAUGGAUAACGUCAAAAGUUUAAUUAAAAAUUCUUCCGGUGGCCAAUUGUUCUCCUUACUCUUGGAUUACAUGCAAAUGUCGGAUAAAAAUGUUGAACGAUUGGAAAGCCGAGGAGUCCACACUAAUUUGAUUAAAAUUAUAAUGGAAGGUGUUCCGAAAUCAGGUCUUCGAAAAUUAUCCGAAACCACAGUUUCCCUUGCCAACUGUGAUCCACUUAAAUCACAGUUGGAGAAACUGGAAUCAGUCAUGGGCUCUAGGGUAGUUCCAUUUAUUCAAGAGAGCGCACGCAUGUUCAUAAUUUCAGAAGCGGCGCGAGGUCACAUAUCGACUGAAACCAAUCCAGCCCUCUCUUUUGCUCCCUCACAUACCUCAGCCGCUUUCAUCUCAAUCGAUCGAAAUAGGUCCCAUCUCUUCUUCCUUUCCUUUGUCUUAGCUGUGCAUUACUCUCCCAUAAAUCAACUCCUCAAGUGUCUCCAGGUAUUUUUCUGGCGAGCCAGCAAAAAGGAGUCUGCACUGAGUAUCGACUCGAUCCUGGCAGACGUCGAUCUCCCUUCCUUCACAAGGGUCUUAAUCAACAAUUGUGUGAAUCAGGGCUCCGUUAUGACCGUUAUUGCAUUGCUUUUUACACUCAUUCGGAAUUCCCAACCCCGAUCUGAAGUAGUACUAAAAGAGCUGGUUCGCAUAAUUUUCCAACAGAACGAUUUUGGGCCCCAACCGACCGUUUUAGCUGAUUUAUCCAUCAUCAUCCUUAUGGAACUCCUUAACUGCUACGAUGAACCUUGGGAAUAUCGAAUGCUGCUCAUCUUUGAUCAACACCAAGAGAUAGAUAUCUUAAGUUGGAUUUCACUCAAUAAUCCAACUCUUCCAAGGUCUGUUGGACUGAAGCUGUUGAGAUCCAUUGCUGCAAUUACCACCCAGUUCGCAGCAUUUAAGGAAUUCUUUUACAUACACAGUGAAAUCGGCUUACGACUUUAUGAGAUUAUGGAGUCCACUGCGGAGAAUAUAGGCAUUCCCAAUUCGAUCGCAUUCAAGAAAUAUGAAGAAACUCUCUGCCAAGCCCUAGAUGCUCUUCGUGAUUUACAUAAAAGUUCCACUGGAAUUGUUGAUCCUGAUCCUCAGACUUCACUGUCACCAGGAAGUUACAUGGCCAAUGUUUCCAGUCAAUCGCCGCGUAGUUCCACUUCAGAAGAUUAA